UCUAAUCUUACUAUAUUAUUUGAAAUAUGGUAUUAUAUUAUUAAAGAAUAAGAAACAUCAUCAACACUGUAAUAGAAAUGAGUUUACCACCAAUGUUAUUGCAAAGACUAGCGUCACGAGGACUGCUUAAUAUAAAAAAUGAUCAAAAACCGAAUGCCGAAGCAAUAGAAGAAAUUAUUGCAGAAAAUUAUGAUGAAGACGACAAGAAUGAUAAUGAGCAUAACACUACUAAUUCGAAAUAUACUGUAAUUAAUGAGAAUUUUUGGCCAGACAGGAUAAAGGAACGUAUAGGAGUCACAGAAUCACACCAUGGAUUUAAGUUUUGUCCCAACACAUAUAAUAUAUGGCACACCUGCACAUUAUACUGUGUCAACAGAUGGGCAAAUGGUCGGCCAAAGCCAAAAGAAAAUUAUCUUCGUCGUUAUAAAAGAUUAAUUCGGAAAUAUCCAAUUUCUGCCGAUUGGAAAGAUGUUUAUGAUAAUGGAUGUGGGUCUUACUACUUUUAUAACUCAGCGUCUCGAAAAGUUUCUUGGCUACCUCCAACGCAUCCUAAUGCACGUGUUUCAAGCAGCGCAGCCAUAUUUAGAAAACAACUAGCUUAUUCCAAUGAUGAAUACAAUUUUGACACAAAAAAUUUUACAUCGCAUAAAUAUUAUGAAACUGAGAUUAGCACCCCGGUUUCGUCUUUAUAUCCAUCUAAAAAGCCAAAAACACGAGAUUUGGAACUUAACGUUUUACGAAAACAUCGGAUUUAAAGCAAUUAAUCUAGGAAUGUAAAAAUUGUACCACCAAUUCUUAAGGUCAAAUAAAAAGU